CUCCAGUAGGAGUGAGCAGGAAGAAAGCUCACAUGCUCUGCAAGUCAAAACUAAAGUCGAAGGCGACCGAUGACCACCCAUCAGCACCGCUAAAGAUCUCAGCUCCCCCCACAGUCAGGCAAAGUCUCUCUCUCUCUCUCUCUGCACUGCUUUGACUUGUCUCGAUCCUGGUUUCUGCUCGUCCUGAGGUCUCACCUGUAAGCGGGCCGGGAUGAAGAGUCCGCAAGUCCAUCGAGGAUCGCUGCUGCUGCUGCUGCUGCUGCUGCUCACAGGGGCUUGCAUUGACGGGUACAAGCCUGUCAUCAUCGUGCACGGCAUUUUGGAUGGACCGAAAGAGUUCGAGACGUUGUCUCUUUUCAUAACCAAGGUGCAUCCAGGCACUGAGGUGAUGGUGAUUGACUUGUACGACUACCUGGCCAGUCUGAAGCCCCUGUGGAAGCAGGUCCAAGGCUUCAGGAAAGCCCUUGACUCCAUCAUGCAAAAGGCUCCCGAUGGCGUCCAUCUUCUGUGCUUUUCACAAGGUGGUCUAAUUUGUCGAGCGCUUCUCUCCAUGAGUGCAGACCACAACGUGCACACCUUCAUCGCUCUGUCAUCGCCUCUGGCUGGACAGUAUGGAGACACGGAUUACCUGAAGUGGGUUUUUCCCAAGUGCACGAAGAAGGUGGUGUUUCACAUUUGCUACAACAGACUGGGACAGAAAGUGUCCAUCUGUGACUACUGGAACGACCCCCAUCACAGGUCGCGCUACCUGCAGGGCAACAGCUUCCUGACGAUGCUCGACGGCGACAGACCUCACAACAACAUGAAAGCGUGGAGGGGAAACUUCCUGCGCAUCAAGAAGCUCGUGCUGAUUGGAGGACCAGACGACGGCGUCGUCACACCGUGGCAGUCCAGCCACUUUGGUUUCUAUGACAGCAACGAAAACGUCGUAGAAAUGAGGAACCAGGAGUUUUACAGGAACGACACGUUUGGGCUGAAGACGCUGGACGCUCGCGGGGACGUGACGGUGUGCGUUCACUCCGGAGUGAAGCACGUUCACUGGCACUCCAACUUCACGGUGUUCAUGAGCUGCAUAGAGAAGUGGCUCACCUGAAAACGGCUCAGCGCCGGAUGCUGCUGCAAGCUCAGCCGAUCCCGUAGAGACUGAACCUGGUGACUUUCCCCUCCACUGCCACCAUGAGGUUUCAGGUUUCCUUGAUCGAUUAUCGUGGAGUUUUCCUCAUGAGUGGGUUCAGUAUUUUAAGCUCCUUCAUGUUUCACACCAUGAACAUUUUACCAUUUCACCAUAAACGCCUUUUAUGCCAUAACCAUGCAUAUUUGUAAUAGCUUUUAUACCUCCAGGGUACAUUUGUCUAAUGAAGCAAAAAAAUAAGCUAAAGAUCAAUUAGCGUUAAUAUUUUUUAACGAUGUAUUUUGAGUUCAGAUUUUAUAUAUAUAUAUAUAUUAAAAAACUCCUUUUAAUUUAUUUUAAAUAGCUGCUUGUUUUUGCUCUCUACAGAACAAAAAAAAAAUCCCUUUCGUACACAUCCUGAAAUCUGUGGUCUUGCAUUUUUAAUAGUUUGAAAUUCCGCUUGAUGCACCGAGACCAAUAGUCAAUCACUGCCCUCUGGUGGCGGUUUAAGGUACUUUGGAGAAACUUUGAGGCAUGUUGCUCUUCUGCCACAGAUGCGACAUGAUGGAGAGUUUCAACACACAAAUAGUAAGUGAUCUAUAAAAACACACACAUAUAUAUAGGCAUCGCCAUAUCCGAGCCACAGAAGAGGUUGUUUGUUUGUCCAUGACUCCCCAAGAAACAAAAAAUAUGAGUCAGUUCAGGUUUGUUGGUCUAGCGCCUCUAUAGGACAGAUGAGGACUUGCAUCACAGGGACAGCAAGUUGUGAAAUGUUUCUCAACCAUAUCUUCACCUUCAGACUUCAAACUUUAUUUUGUCAGUAUAUUUCUUUACAUACACCGAAAUUCUUCCUCUGCAUUGAACCCAUCACUGGUUGAAACACACACACACGCUACAUGUAGUGAAACACACAGGAGCAGUGGGCUGCCAUGUCAGGCUCGGGGAGCAAAUUGGGGGGAUUAAGUGCCUUGCUCAAGGGCACCAUAUAACCAUAUAAUUGUGGACGGAUUGCUAUUGAAGGUCUACAGAGCGUAGCCUACAUUAUUGUUAUUAUGAUUAUUAUUAUUACUAUGUUUUAAACAUCCUGACUUCUUCCACCCCAUCUCGCCUGCAGCACAGCAUAAGCAAUUUUAUGGUCCCGACUGCAGUUUAGGAUCAGUAUUCAGAUUUGAGGGCAGAAAAACAGACGUGUGAUCCUUUUCUUAUCUGUCAUCACUUAUCCAGCAUUGCAGGUACAGAAAGUUAUCAUACUUGUUCAGAGUGCCAUAAGUUAUCAUACCUGCCGUGGUUCAAAGCCUUCAGUGUUGUAAACACAGAAUCCCCUUAUUUUUAAAUGUCCAUGUCAUUAUAAGAGGGGUUGAUUCAGUUUUUGUUUUGUUUUGUUUUUUGACAGCUGUCUUUUUGGACUUUGGUUUUUUGUUGGCGCUUCUCCUUUUAAGUUCAUAUCACAGAAAAAAUUAAAGUGGAACAUUUUUAUUUUUAUUUUAUCCCCUCAUUGAUCUAACGUGAUUAGAUCAAUGAGGGGAUGUGAUCAGUCAUUUAAACCAAUAAGUUUCAUUGAUUAGCUGACACAAAGGGGUUGAGCUGCGGAUUCUGUACUAGAAAAAUGUAAUUUAAUUUGAUUUGAAAUUCAUCUUUAAAUAUGUACAUGACAGUUCUUAUUCAUUUCUGGUUCAGAUUUUUGGAGUUCUAUUUGUAUCAGAAAAUAUGUUGAUUUAUUAUACCACAAAUUAGGAAAACUGCAAACAUAUUCUACCUUUGCAUGUAAAAUAAUAAUAAUAAAAAUAUUUACCACAU